GAAGAGAGUGUGAUACAGUGAGUGCUACAGAUAACAGGUGAGAACAGUUCAGGUUUUCUAAGAAUCAGUAGAAGAUGAACAGUUUGUGGUUUGUGUGUUUACUGGCUGUGGUGAGAGGGGCAUCCGUCCAGUACGGGAAUGUCCAGUGGUUCGACAUUCAGGAGGCCCAGAAACACCCAGAACAGUUACACAUUCUAAGAACAAAGGCAGGGAUCAACUUCCAACCAUACGAACAGGCCUGGAAGGAAUUCAAGAUCCUGCAUGGUAAAACCUACAAAGCUCUUGAAGAGGAGAUCCAUCGCUUUGAGAUUUUCAGAGAAAAUGUCCAGAAAAUUGAGGAACACAAUAGAUUAUACCAUCUGGGGAAGAAAUCUUACUAUAUGGGAGUCAACCAAUUCUCUGACCUUAAACACGAAGAGUUUGUGAAAUACAAUGGUUUAAACAGAACGUCAGUGAAGGAGGGUGGCUGCUCCUCAUACCUUUCAGCCAAUAAUCUAGUGGCUCCUGAUUCUGUCGACUGGAGAACCAAGGGUUACGUCACAGAUGUAAAAAAUCAGGGUCAGUGUGGUUCCUGCUGGUCUUUUAGCACAACUGGUUCCCUUGAAGGACAACACUUCCGUAAAACAGGUAAACUGGUCUCCCUCAGUGAACAACAGCUGGUGGACUGCUCUGGGUCAUUUGGAAAUCAAGGUUGUAAUGGAGGACUGAUGGACAAUGCAUUCAAAUAUAUUAAAUCAGUAGGGGGCAUUGAAAGUGAAGAGGAUUAUCCAUACAAAGCAGAGGAAAAAACUUGUAAAUUUGAUGAAGAAAAGAUUGCUGCUACAGACACUGGAUGUGUUGAUGUCGAGAGUGAAAGUGAGUCAGCCCUCAAGAAAGCUAUAGCCGAGGUCGGUCCUGUAUCUGUAGCAAUAGACGCCAGUCAUUCAUCAUUCCAGUCCUAUGCAGGAGGAGUGUAUGAUGAACCAGACUGUAGCUCAGAGCAGUUGGAUCAUGGAGUUUUAGCUGUAGGAUAUGGAACUGAUGAUGAGGGAAAAGACUACUGGAUUGUUAAAAACAGUUGGGGUACAGAGUGGGGUAUGGAUGGAUAUGUCAGAAUGUCCAGAAACAAGGACAACCAAUGUGGAAUAGCUACACAAGCCAGCUAUCCUCUUGUAUAGAAAACAUACAUUAUAAAGAUACAGCAUUCCCAAGGAAGAAAAACCACUCAAGAUAAAUCAAAACCUGGAAGUAGAUACAUUUCUGAAAUUUUUGAAUAAGAGAACUGUUGCACAUGUUAUAUAUCUUUAACUUUUACACAAUUUGACAUCACUUUUCUUUGUGAACCUAAAAAGAAAUUAAACCAAACUUACAUACAUGUGUAUGGUGUAAAUUCAAACUUUGUAAAGUGUUUUCAAAUAUGUCAUUGUAAAUGACAAAAUGAAGUUGUGAAAGCUUAUAAUUUUGUCCUGAUUGUGCAAGUGUGUUUUAUGAGAUGUAUGACUUUGUCCGGUGUGGCAAUAAGCCCAAGCCUUUCUUAAUACUUGUAAUUAUAUCUGUAUGGACCUGUGAUAAAUUUGUUCAUAUAAGAUCAUUAUUAGAUUUUUACACCUGAAUGCUGAAUUUUUGGCUUACUGGAGAUAGAAUUAUACAUCUUAUAGUUGUAAAUGGUGUUUAUUUUGUUUUAUACACUGUAACUUCUGAUUAUUUCAAUCAUAUCCCCCCAUAUUGAUCAUUAAUAGAAGUUUUAGUUAAAAAAUCGUUUAUUGGUUUUUUCCUACAUUUUUCUGCCAUCAAAAGAAUCUACUGUGUUUGAGAUCUGUUAUUUAUGUAUAAACAAUAUAUCUAUUUCUCUCAGUAUUUGUGAUUCUCUUCAAUUUUUCUGUUGAAUAUAAAGCAGGUGCAUUUUUUUCCAUUUUUAUUAACUUUGCUGAAGAAAAUAACAUCAAAUUUUGUAUUAAUCACUUGUAAUGAAAAAAAAAUGUCUAUGAAUAAAAAUCUUUUUAUUUUCAA